AUGAAAGUGAUUGAUCUAAAUAUUGCCAUAGAUAAAAGUAAAAUACCAAAGGAUAAAAUCGUAGGAACAAAUUCUAUUUUUACGAUUAAGAGAGAUGGAACUUAUAAAGCCAGAAUUGUUUGUAGAGGCGAUCAACAAACAAGCAGUAGUUAUAAUGAUAUUGAAACAUCCAUUUUAAGUCUUGAUUCAUUGCGAAUUCUAUUGAUUAUUGCUAACAAUAAGAAGAUGAAAUUAAAGACGUUAGAUAUUAACCAUGCAUUUUUAUAUGCAGCUUUAAAUGAAGAGUUGUAUAUGCAACACCCAAAAAAUGCAACGAAGGUUACUCCAUUAAGAAAGGCUUUGUAUGGACUAAAACAAAGCCCUAAAAGAUGGAAUGAAACCUUAAAAGAAUCUGUAAAUGGUAUGGGUUUAUAUGAUGAUAUUUACUCACCUGGAUUAUUCGUUUCAAAGGAUGGUAAUUUCAUGAUAGCAGCAUAUGUUGAUGAUUGUAUAAUUGCUACUAGAACAGAUCAAAAAUUAGAUGAAUUUAUAAAUGCAUUGAAAAAACAAUUCUCACUAAAAAUAGUUGGUGAAAUGAAAGAUAUUAUGCUUAAUACAGAUAUUCUGGGGAUGAAUUUAGAUUAUGAUUAUAAAAAAGGAGAGAUAGCAUUAAGCAUGACUAGCUAUAUAAAGAGAUUAGAAAAAGAAUAUCCAAUGAUAUUAAAUGAUAAAUUGAAAGACGAGAUGAUUCCAGAUAUUGAUAAGUUUAAAAUAAAUCCCAAACAAGAUAAUUUAAUCAUGACGAAAGAUGAAUGUAAAAAGAAAGUAAGAUAUCUACAAGAAUUAAUAGGCAAAUUGAACUAUAUUAGGUCUAGAGGAAGAAUUGAUAUAGAAUUUGCAGUCAGUAAAAUGGCUCAAUUAGUUUUAUAUCCUCAUAAAAAGGUAAUCGAGAUAACAGAACAGAUAUUAAAUUAUGUUUAUAAAAUAAAAGAUGUGAAGAUUGUUUUUAAAAGAGAAGAGAUUCAAAAUAUUUUGAACAUUACAGUGCUUUUAGGUGCUUCAACAACAUCUGAAUUUGAUCUUAAGUCAAGAUGUGGUGCUUUAAUAUGGUUAGAGAACAUUUGCUUUCAUGGGUUUUUCAACUCUAAACUAAUAUUCGACUGGUUAAAACGAGAUUAUUUCAAAGUAAAAUCCAAAUACUUAGGAUAA